GUGUUGUUUUGUGACGAUAAAUUCUAAAUAUUGAAUGAAAAUAGUACAAUUGAGAAGAGACACUAUGUGAUAUUGUGAAAUAAUAAUAACCAGUGUGAAAUAUGUUUUAAUUUAUCAAACUUUUAAUGUGCAAGUGCAUUUAAAAUCAAGUUUUACAGAUAAUGUAUAAAAUGUCAAGGAAUGAAUAAAUAGGUACAAGAUGCUUAUAAAAGAGUACAGAAUACCUCUACCACUCACGGUAGAGGAAUAUCGGAUCGCCCAACUGUACAUGAUAGCUAAAAAAAGUAGGGAAGAAAGUUCUGGCGAAGGAAGUGGUGUUGAAAUUCUUGUUAAUGAACCUUAUGAAGAUGGGCCUGGAGGUAAAGGCCAGUAUACCCAAAAAAUAUACCAUGUUGGCAGCCAUUUACCUGGUUGGUUUAAAAGCCUACUUCCAAAGUCUGCCUUAACAGUCUCUGAAGAGGCUUGGAAUGCCUACCCAUAUACUAAAACAAGGUAUACAUGUCCCUUUGUUGAAAAAUUUUCAUUAGAAAUAGAGACUUAUUAUUAUGCUGACAAUGGCCACCAAGAAAAUGUCUUUAAAUUAAAUGGAAGUGAUUUAAAAAAUAGAAUAGUCGACAUAAUAGAUGUUGUUAAAGAUCAAUUGUAUGGUGCAGAUUAUAUCAAAGAAGAAGAUCCAAAAUUAUUCGUGUCACAAAAAUGUAACAGAGGCCCUUUAAGUGACACAUGGUUGGAUGAUUAUUGGAAAGAAGUUCAAGAUAAACCUCAACCUCUUCCAAAUGGAAAGUCACUUAUGUGUGCCUACAAACUCUGUAGAGUAGAAUUUCGAUAUUGGGGUAUGCAAACAAAAUUAGAGAAAUUUAUACACGACGUUGCAUUGAGAAAGACCAUGCUUAGAGCUCACCGACAAGCUUGGGCUUGGCAAGAUGAAUGGCAUGGUCUCACAAUGGAAGAUAUUCGAGAAAUAGAGAGACAGACACAAUUAGCUUUGCAGAAAAAAAUGGCGGGUGAGACCAGUGAUGAGUUAGAUGUUUCUGAAGAUAAUUCGAAGUCACUUGCAGCAACAAUGAGCAGUUUAGAGAAAAAUGAAGAUAUACCAACACCUAUGGUUACAAAAAAGAAUACUUCUGAAAAGCGAGUUCAAAAACAUUUAACCCCCGAAGGGACACCGCCAUCUGAACACAAAAGUUCCAAAUCAAAUCUUAGAUCAUCUUCCUCUGGUUCAAUAAAAAGUUUGCAGGCACAAGUCGCCAAUUGGCGAAUGGAAACUUUAGUUAGGGAAUCGGAAACUGAAACGGGUUCUGAAGAUGAGUUUUAUGAUUGUGAAUCAUCAUUUAAUAAGUGGUCAUCGUUAUGUUCUCUUGAUGAAGCAGAUAUCGAUAUAUCUCCAACUCAAGGAGAACAAUCCCAUGAAGACAGCAUAUUUAAUCCAACAUUUUUGAAAAGAGUUACGUCAGAAAGAGGUUCUCGAAGAUUGCUUACUUUACAAAGCCACCAAAGUAUAGAUGGUUGUCCGGAUACUCCAGUGCAUAGCACUUGUCCAAUUACUGUACUGAUAUUGGUAUUUCAUGCUGGAAGUGUUUUAGAUGCAAAUGUCGAUAUGACAGCUAAAAAAUCUGAUGUAACAACAUUCAAAGGUGCAUUUGAGUCUGUAAUGCGACAGCAUUAUCCAACAUUGGUUGGUCAUGUAACAAUAAAAUUAGUUGCGUGUCCUUCUGUUUGCACAGAAGCCCUUGGUGUUCUUUCUACUUUAAGUCCAUAUAGUUUUGAUUGUUCUCCAUCAUCUCUGGAGACGCCAUCUCUAACUAAUGAUCUCAUACCUAUUGGUGCUAUACCAUUAAUUGCUACAUCGUCACUUGAUUAUGCUGAAUCUGUAACAAAAACAAUAAAUUCCGCUAAUGCUGUAUUUAAUGAAUUUAUUAAGUCUGAUGAUGGUAAAGGAUUCAAUGGUCAAGUGUGUAUUGUAGGUGAUAGUAUGGGAUCGGUAUUAGCGUAUGAUGCACUUUGCAGAACUUUACAGUAUCAAUCGCGUCAUGAUAGUGAAAACAGUAUUUUAGAUACUGAAAUUACCAUUCCUAGUGACCCUACUGACCACUAUUUAAAUAAAUCUCAUUUACAAGCACCAACACCUAGAAGAAGAUCUUCUUCCACUAGUGAAAAUCAUGUAAAAUUUGAAUUCGAAGUUAGUGAUUUCUUUACGUUCGGUAGCCCUUUAUCGCUUAUAUUAGCGUCAAGGAAAAUAUCUGAUGAUAAAGCACGUGAUAUUAUAAAACCCCCUGUUCAACAAGUAUUUAAUUUAUUCCACCCUACUGAUCCCGUUGCUUCGAGAUUAGAACCUUUACUAUCUGCAAGAUUUACUAAUUUACCUCCCAUAAACGUUGCUCGUUAUACAAAAUACCCUUUAGGUAAUGGUCAACCAUAUCAUUUGAUGGAAUUAAUUCAAAGUCAUCCUCAAUUGUUUGGGGACCAUCUACAAAUGCCACCAACGCCUGUUUUACGAAGACUUUCAGAAGCAUCUGUUCAAAGUACAGUUAGCGGUUUGGUAGAUAACAUUCCAUUAAUUACAAUGAAUGCUUUGCAACAAAAGUGGUGGGGAUCUAAACGAUUGGAUUACGCCCUUUAUUGUCCAGAAGGUUUAACAAAUUUUCCCACAAAUGCUCUACCACAUUUAUUUCACGCAAGCUAUUGGGAAAGCUCCGAUGUCAUAGCUUUCAUACUACGACAAAUUGGACAUUUUGAUUUAGCCUUGUAUGGUCAUUCAGAAGAUAAGGAAUGUCCGAUAUUUAAGCCAGGACAAGAAAGAGAGAAAUGGAUGAGGAAAAGGACAUCUGUAAAAUUAAAAAAUGUAGCUGCCAAUCAUAGAGCUAAUGAUGUAAUUGUGAAAGAGAAUACUCCACAAACUUUCAUAGCUAGAUUUAUGUAUGGUCCUUUGGACAUGAUAACGUUAACUGGCGAGAAGGUUGAUAUCUAUAUGAUGAAAGAUCCCCCGGCUGGUGAAUGGACACUGAUGUCCACUGCAGUUACAGACAAAACAGGAAGGGUGAUAUAUACAUUGUCAGAUAAGCAAAGUGUAGGUUGUGGUAUCUAUCCAGUCAAGGCUGUAGUUAGAGGCGAUCAUACCAGUUGUAAUUUCCAUCUCUCUGUAGUUCCACCACAAACGGAAUGUGUCGUUUUCAGCAUUGAUGGCUCUUUUACAGCAAGCGUUUCUGUUACUGGUAGAGAUCCGAAAGUUAGAGCUGGCGCUGUAGAUGUAGUGCGCUUUUGGCAAGACUUAGGAUAUCUUAUCCUUUAUAUUACUGGUAGACCUGAUAUGCAACAGAGAAAAGUUGUUUCGUGGUUAGCUGAACAUAACUUUCCACAUGGAUUAGUCUUCUUUUCUGAUGGAUUCUCGACUGACCCAUUAGGACAUAAAGCUGCACACUUAAACAGCCUUAUUAAUGAUCAUGGAAUUAUUUUAUAUGCGGCUUACGGUUCAGGGAAAGAUAUAAGUGUUUAUCAUCAUUGUGGGCUAUCCCCAAAACAGAUAUAUGCCAUUGGCAGGAUUAGCAAAAAGUAUGUAAAUUUAGCCACUACUUUGAAUGAUGGAUAUGCAUCCCAUUUAGCGGAUCUGAAACUACCUGGUGCUGUCAGAGCUGCUAGAGGCAAUGCUCGGCUUCUUGUACCACGUCGAUUACUGGCUCCAGUCACCAAUAACACUGUUAGUCGCAAUCGACGUUAAUUGCUUAAGUGUAACCCGUUUUCUGCUGUAUAGCACGCUCCUUUUAGUGUUGUGCUUGUGAUUUUAAAGUGGUAAUAUUUUUCUGAAGUAUCAAGUUACAAACUAUGUACAAAUUGUUCUAAAUAUCUAUAAUACUUACCCGAUAUACAUUAUGAGAUCGAAAAUGUUUAAUACCAACAUUUUAUAUGCGUUGUAGAACUACAUACAAUGCUGUGAUGAACAAAUGUGGUUAUAAAUUCGUAGUCACUGUGUACCUAACUAUUGGUAAUUUAAGCUAAUAUAUUGCUUAUUUAUUAACUGUUUUGACUUACAUAUUUUAAGAUCUUGUUACAUCUCUAUUAUAAUGAUUAAUAAUAAUCGAGCAUUAAGUAUUUUAAAUAAUAAUAUUAUCGAUAUUUCAAUACAUAUAUGUAUGAAGGAAAGUGAAUCUCAUUAUCAUCAUGAACAAUGCUUUAGUAUAGUAAUUAUUCGAUGUAUUUAAUCAAUUGAAGCCCUACUCGUAUUAUUUUAUUCUGAUAUGACGUUUAUAAUGUUAAUAAAAUUAAUGACUAUUAAGCUAUUUUGACUGCUAUUUCGAAUUUUACAUAGAACCGAAUAUCUAUAAUCUCAAUUGUACUUAAUAUUUUAUAAAAGCCAUUAUAGUGGCUACUAUUUAAUUUCAUAAAAAUAAAUGUAUCAAAGUACAAUAAUUGUGUCUGAUAUUGUUUAUGCAGCUACGUAAAUUUUAAAUAUAAAUUAACUAUACCUACAUACCUCUUUACUAAACAAUAUUUUCUAUUGCUAUUUAAAGUAUAUCUGCUCCUAAUCAGAAAUCCCAAGAAUACUUUACUUAGUAUUAAUUAAUCUUAUGUGUUUACAUGAUAUUUGUUUAUGUAUCUUAUUAUUGUUAUAUACUGUAAUGGCUAACUAACGUUUGAAUUUUUUAUGACUUAGAACGUAAAGGAAUAUUUUAUUAUAUGACAGUGCUACAAGAACAUACUAAGUCUUUGGUAUUUUGUAAUCAAGUAUACAAGAUUUAUAUGAAUCCGAAUCGACAAAACAUAUUUUAGCGAAACGAUAAAAUAUGUUUUGUCGAUGAAUUACUUUGUCUUUGUAUUACCAAAUAUAUAAUAUAAUUCUAUUUCGUAUACACCUACGUAGAGGUUCAAAAACUUACCUAAUUUUGACUUAAUAACGUAAGUGUGUCUUUAUGUACUUGUAAAUGUUUGACAUUAAAUUAUUUAGACCACGCAGUUAAUCUUCCUAAAUUACAUUUUAAUGACCGUUCCGCACAUCACAUUGUAUAUUAUAUUUAUUUUGAUAACUUAUAUCAAGCAUUCCCAUACUAUAUAACUCAUUUGGACCUGCGUAUAUAAUUUGGAAGUCCUUGGAGUAGAUAUUUGCACGUAAUGAUAAAAUACCAAUUUGCACGUACUCUACGAUUUACAAGGCACAUGUCUAACGAGAACGAGGCGCUUAUGUAACUGUACCUAUAACAAAUGCGGUUGAUAAAUAUUCCAAAUAGUUGAAAAUAUGCCACCCUCUGCGCUGAUCUUUAUUUGUUUAGAUUUCUAUCGCUUUACUUUCGUUUUAAAUAUGUAGUUGUAUUAAUAGUUCCCUAAGUCAUUUAUAAAAUUGGCAAUAUCAUGUUCAAUUUUAUAAUUAAAAAUACCUAUUAUAUCGUAUAAGUAUAUUAUUAUAUAAACCAAAUAUAAAAUUAUUUUUCUAGUUCACCAUUUUAGUUCUCCGAGAACGUAAAAUAAGUAAAUUAUAUUAAUUAAAUAAUAUAUAUAUAUAUAUUAAUAAUCGUUGUAAGUACAUUCCUGUUUCAGAGAUAUUUCUAUUGUUAUGAUAUAAUUGUGGUUAUGAAUUUAAUUAUAGCGUUAGAUCGUAGUUCGUGGAUAAUGUAAUUUGUAUUUAAAUUAGAAAAUUAGUAGGUACUUAGCAUUGAAUUGCUAAAACAACAUUUAUUUUUAUGUCAUCACUUCAAUGAAAUUGUAAAAGAAAUAUUUUCCUUGUCUUCAAUUUAAUUCGAAGAAUAAGUGUAUUUAUUUAGUUAAUAUUUUUAUCAUUCUGAAUAUAACGAAGUAAAUACAGUGCCAUAUUGUAUGCACGCGUUAUCUACAAUAUUAUAUAUGCAAACAUAGACAUAUGCAUUAGAUUAGUAGCAAUGUAAUAUUUCUGUUUAUUUUAAAACUACAGAUGUAGAUACUUUUAACUAUUUUUUACUUAUUCUGUAUAUCACACGAGUUAAUCAUAGUCAUACACUUUGUUUACGUUUCAAUUGGCACGCUCGAUAUUGAGUCGUAUCUACAUGCAAUAUGUGUCACUUCCUCUCCCUUACGGAGCAAUUCUGGAAAACAGCGAGUGCUUAUUUUAUGACAUCGUAUAACGUUUUCGUUGUGUAUUUAUCGAAUUCUAUUCCCCAUAUAUCUACUACGUAAUUCUAUUCGUCAUGUAUCUAUUUUCGUAUCUUUUCUUAAUUUCAUCAGUUCUCGAUAAGAUAUUAAGCUGUAUACAAAGAUUGACAUUUCUAUCUCUAUCAAAAUGUUUGAUGUCUCUCAGUGGCUGCAUUCUUACAUUUUUAAUGUAAAUUUAUAGAUAUUGCCACGGUUUGCCCUAUAAUCUUUUAUGACGUUCUGUAUACAAUGACGGCAUCUUAUAUGAGUGUUUUAUUGCUAUUUGGUUCCGAUUGGUGGUUAGCAAUAAAUGCCAGUCAUCAUAUUUACUUUGCAAGUACCAAAACUUGCAUUGAAGUAUAUAUGCCUAUCCUUCCAGUUCAUUAAAAUUCUUGGAAAUUAAGUAAGCAACCUUGGACAAUACUCUCGGGAAAUUAGCUACCGAACAUAACUUAGAUGCCUAAUAUAUUUAACAGGAGGGUAAUUUGGAUGUCGGUCCUAUAUUACCAAGUCGGUAGUAAUCCGUGUAACGAUCCCUAAGCUACACAAGCCAGAAUAUAGGAUAAAACUGCAACCGGACCUUGUGUGGCUUCUCGAGGCCGGCCUCUUAUAAAUUUAUCCGAUUGCCCAUGAUUCACUUCAAAGACGACGCUCGUAUAAAUAUUAUUAAUAAUCAGAAAAUUUAUAAACAUGUCUGGAAAACUGGUCUGUGCAUCUGUAAAUCAAGACUUAGAUAAAUGAGUCAAUCUCGUUUGUUAAUGUUUAUGAAAAUGCAUACAUCAAACAAAAAAAUAUUAUACCUACUCGUAUGAAAGUAAGUCAAAGAGCUGAACAAAUUUUGAUGAAAUUUGGUAUAAGGGUUCUGAAUUCUGAACAUUGAUUUUGAAAUAAUUAGAAUUUGUUGUGAUCACAUGAAGGAUUUAAACAGAUAGAUUUCUACGUCUUUUUCUGUGUUAUUAUUGUAGCUAGAAUUAAUAGGGAUAGCAAAGACAAAACUGGCAAUUGACGAAUAUAAUCAAAGUUUAAGAAUAUUUGUGUAGUUCUCAAAAACAGUCUAGUACCUAGUUAUUUAAGGAUAAUAUUUUUUUAAGAUUACCUUGUAGGUAUUAUAUGAAUGUACUAAUAUAGACAAUUCAAAACUUUUCCUAACUAUUUUUCUAGGUUCUGUAGGAAACUGCCAAAAUAUUAUAAUUUGUCGAUCUACUAUGCGUUAUGACACUACAUCAAAACUUGUAGUAUGUAGAUCAUCGAUGGUAUGUUGAUUCUCAUAAUUACCUCACUACUAGCUGUUACGAGGAUUAUAAGAGGAUUUACCUUGCAAUUACUAGACCAUCUAGGCGAUUUAUUUACAGUACAAAGGAUUUUCUUUCCAGUUAUAAAUAACUGAAUAUAUUUUCUAAUUACUAUUCUUAAUUCUAAUUCUUAAUAAUAUGUAAAUGAAUAAUUAUACUUAUCUUUAAUAUGUUAUUAAAUAUUUAUCGACACUAUUUCGGUCACAAAAUAUUCCAACUUUUCGUUGUAUAUGUACCUACUUGACUUACGUAGGUAUGUAAUACCUACUACCUAUUUAUUAGACAUUUAAGUAUGUACUGGUCACAAAAUGUAAUGCUGAGAUAAUGCAUUGAAAAAUCACCUUAUUUUAUUCACUUUAUUACCUUUAUUUUAUGACACCCAGUAUUGGGUUGGUAUCUAAUCAUGUAUUUUAAUACUAGAUUUAUUUUAUAUUUGUCUGCCAAUUUUCUAUAUUUUACGAGCACAUUUGCAUACAUUGUCGUUCGUAAAUCUCGUGCACACCAACUCCUAAGUUAAUUAAAAUAAUUGUUUAAUUAACUUAGGAGUUGGUGUGCACGAGAUAUCUACAGCUACUUAAUACUUUAAGUAGCUAUAGAUAUUGAGAACUUAUAUAAAGAAAGAACUUUAACAGUAAUUAAUUUGAAUUUGAACAUUAAAAUGUAAAGUUAUUUCUUUACAUUUUAAUUUAUUUAUUAUUACAUUGUACUCAUAUCUCCACGUUUCCACCAAGAUUAUACGUGUUGUUUUACAUGCCUAUACGAUGUUAAUCAAAGGUACAUAACUAUAGGUAUGCACUGUUUUCUGUUUGAAUAGUGACUUUAUUAAAGCCUGCGCAGACAAGGCACAGUAACAUUCUAUUAUCUUCCACGGGUGCCCCAUCAGCGUAUGCUAUUAACGCAGACCGGUGCACCAUUCUAUAAUCGACAAAUAAUACUCCUAGUAUAUUCAUCCAACACAAAGAGGGGUCCUUUUCUCUGUAGGCCUAGUCUACGCAUACGUAAUUAAUCCCAUUACUAAUCAUAUAAGGUAAUCGUUGUUAUUAAUCACUUAUUUUUAAAUAUUUUUACUACAAAUCUCAUAUAGUUAUGGGUGGAAGCGAGAGGCGAGGGAAAGAAGGGUUUUUAGAAAGUUAUCAGUAUUUUAGAUUUUAUUUUAAAAUGUGUUAUUUUUUUAAAGUCAUAAACCUAAUGACUAUAAAGGUUACGGUAUUUAAUGUAAACGUGGAAUUAGAUAUUCUGAUUGUGAAACUUGUUUCCUUGACAUCCCGCCUAGUGCUGUGCUAGCUUCAAAUUGUUCUUUUAUAUUUGUGUAAUAUCUAAAUGUGUGGAUAUAAUAAAUUAUUGUU